GCCUAGUGGUACUUGAUCCAGAAUAUGUGGGAUCAGAUUGGCUACAUUGUCAAGCUAAAUCAAUCGGUAAUAUUUGUGACGGCGACGAAGAAAAUAAUAAUGGUAGUAGUGAAGAAACUAGUAGAAAUAAUAGAGGAAAUAAUGAAUUAAAUUUACCAAAUACUGCUAGUCAUUAUAGUAAUAGUUCAACAAUUCAAGAAAUUGACCUUAAUAAUAAACAUAUCUAUGAAAAUAAAGAUGAAAUAUCAGGAUCUUUUAAAGGUCAUCAUGAUAUUAAUGAAAAUGUUGAUAAUUUUUUGAAUUUACCUAAACAACAACAUGAUAAUUCUUCUUUACAAGAAGUUCCACUUUAA